CAUAAUUUUACAAUUCCGAAGAAGGGUUAUCGGGCACGUGUAGCAGAGCAACAGUGUAAACUUGUGUUGGAUCAUGAACAGCGCCAUUUUCCAAUCCGCCGUGCGUCCAAAUCUCCCUCUAAGGCGACCGGCGACUAGCCUUGGGAUUUCACCCAGGAUAAUCACGCCUCCAUUUGGCGAAAAGAAGAGUCUGUCACCAGGCGGCCUGACUGCCAACGCUGGCGCCGGAGAUGCUGCAAAAAUGGACAGUGGAAGGAAAGACAAUGGGCCUUUGCCUGCAGAAGACAGUCCAUCUAAGACCUGGCCUGAGGCCGGAAACCCCACUGUGGUGAAGCUGUGCAAUUACUGCAGUCAGCAAGGCAACUUCAGGUGCACGCGGUGCAAGACGACAUGUUACUGCUCGGUGGCCUGCCAGACGGAGGACUGGAAGGCCCACAGGCAUGUGUGCAAGGCGAGCGCACAGGAAUCCCCAUCCAGCAGCAAAACUCGAGAGCCGGUGACAUCUCCUGUGUUAAGCGGACCCAAGUCUCCAGAAUCCACGGUGAGAGCAGCCCCCGUGGGACAGGUGACGAGAGUGUAUCUGCACGAGUUGCCCAAAAACAAGAUCGCUAAAGGAACUCAGCUGCAGGCAUCUGUGGUAGAGCUGAGGAAUCCUGGGAAGUUUUUCAUUCAUGUCCAGUCGGCGGAGAUGACGGAGCUCCUGCACAACGUUACCAUGGCACUGCAGAAGACCUAUGCAGGCUCUCUGGGCACUGAGUACCUGCCUGACUAUGGAGAGCUAUGUGCUGUCAAAUACUCCCAAGAUCAGAAUUGGUACCGGGGUGCGGUGCAGUCCGCAGAUGCCAUUUACAAAACUGCCAGCGUUUUCUACAUCGACUUUGGGAACCAAGAGGUGGUGACGCUGGACAGGAUCAAACCCCUGUCCGCAUGCGUGGACCUGGCCCCCCCAUUUGCUGUGGAAUGCCGAGUCGCGGGCGCGGUGGCGGUGACGGGCAGCUGGACGGAGGAAUCCUGCAUCGCCACGCGGCAGCUGCUGGCCAGGAAGAGCCUCCCGGUGACGGUGGUCGACGUGCCGGACAACGCCGACGUCUGGGCUGUGGACAUAAUGCUGCCUGCUAUAGGGAAGAAGCUCAGCGCGGUCCUGGUGGAGCAGGGCUACGCGGUGGAGGAGUCCAGCGGACCUGCAGAGCCAAGCGACCAGGACAUCGACUCCAUACUGAGUGCAGCUUUGGAGAACUUCAGACGCUCCUCCGGGGGUCGGCAGGACAGUGUGGAGAUCCUGCCCCCUGAGCCUCUGACGCAGGGAUUGGGCGACAGCUUCUCCGCCAUGGUGACCCACGUGCAGUGCCCCUCUGAACUCAUCUGUCAGAAGGUGGAGAAUGCCAGUGUGAUUCAGGAGAUGCAGCUGAAGCUGAGAGAGUACUGCGCGCAGACUGCGGCCAGCGAAGACUUCAGACCUGCCCCCGGCUCGGUCUGCUGCUCACAGUUCACAGAGGACCACCAGUGGUACAGAGCCACAGUUCUGGGCUACUCUUCAGAGACCAGGGUCUGCGUGGGGUACAUCGACUUUGGAAACUCGGAGGAGGUGGAUUUGAAUUGCCUGCGGCCCAUCAAUGCAGAGCUUGCGGCAUUGCCAAUGCAGGCCAUCCCCUGCGUCCUGGCAGAUGUGAAGCCCGUUUCGGGCACGUGGAGCGACGAGGCAAUCUUGCUGCUGAAGAAGAGCGUCUGCAACAAGUUUGUACGUGUGGAGAUAGUGGGGGAGCGGCAGAGCGCGGCGCUGGUGGUGCUGACGGACGAGUACAGCGACCCGCAGACCAGCGUCAACGAGAUGCUGCUGACCUCUGGCCACGCCCUCCUGGACGACACCUCGCCCCCGCGGGCUGCCGCCCGGGCCCUCGCCAACACCAAUACCCCCCAGCAGCCCACCAGCAACAGCCUUACCGGAGACUCCGCGCCCCUGCCAGCAGAAAAGGCCAACCAAAUAGAGGAACCCUCCACUGCCGGGCCCCCCUCGUCCACGCUGCAGUGGUCCUGUGCAGAGCUGCCGUGUGACGGUCAGACGGUGGAGCUGGCCAUUAGCAUGGUUGAGAACCCCGGAGAGUUCUAUUGCCAUCAUUACAAUGCCAAAGAUAUCCACGCCCUGAAGGAGCUGUCGGGCCAGGUUCUGGAGCACUGCCGGUCCCAGGGCACGCCCUUCAUGCCCACCGUGGGAGAACCCUGCUGCGCUGUGUUCCCAGGGGAUGGGUCCUGGUACCGGGCAAUGGUGCUGGGUUUGGCACCGAACAAAAAGGCCAGUGUUUAUUUUGUGGACUACGGAAACACCGGUGAGGUGGAGCAGACCCACGUGCAGGCCAUACCGCCCCAGUUCCUCAAGCUCCCGUUUCAGGCCAUACGCUGCUGGCUGGCAGGUGUGGAGCCCCCGCAGGGCGGCUGGGGGGCGGACGCAGUGCGGCGGUUUCAGGUUCUGUCGGUGGGCCGGCAGCUCCAGGCCCGGGUCUGCUCCAUCACCGAGAGGGGCUUCGGGGUGGAGCUCAUGAGCGACGGUCGGAGCAUCGGCGCCCAGCUGCUGGCCGAGGGGCUGGCCAAAGCCGGCGGUCAGCCGGAGCCCCCUGCAGCCACUCGGGGGUUGCCAGGGGGCACAUUUCCUGUGGACUGGAAAACUGUGGAGUUACCGAGAAACAAGCCCUUCCAGCCUCGUGUAGCGGCUAUCGUCAGUCCUUGCCUGUUUUACAUAAUGAGAGAGGAUAACAAGGACAUGGAAAAAGUUCCAGCUCUCAUGAAGGAUCUGGCAGCCCACUGCAGCGCCCUCACUAAAGCCUCCCCUUCGAACCCUCAGCCUGGAGCGGCAUGCUGUGCCCAGCUGACAGGUGAUAAGAGCUGGUACAGGGCUGUUGUCCUAGGAACUGCUGGCUGCGAAGCAGAAAUAUUGUGUGCAGAUUAUGGGAAUGUGGAGAAGGUCCCAUUAUCGGACAUUGUGCCCAUUGCUGAACCGCACCUGCUGCUGCCUUUCCAGAUCGUCAGGUGUGCACUGUCAGGAAAGGAGCUCUUCCCAGCAGAGUGGUCCGAGUCGGUGCUGGAGAUGUUCAGCUCACAGCUGAGGAGUGCGGCCCAGGCCACUGUAGACCGCUUCGAUGGGACCUUCAACCUCCUGGUCCUGGCCCUGACGGAGAUUGCCACGCAGCGAGCCGGCAAGAGCAGCAGCACACUACCUCUGAGCUCGCCAAAAGAGACCGGAGGCCCCAUCACCGUGAAACCGAGCACCACGUCCACGGACCCAGCUCCUGAAGAGAUUGUGAAGUUGAAGACAGUGUUGAAAGAAGCUAAGGCAGGGCCACUUAAUGUUGAAACAAAGAGCAAAGAACAACCACAGCAAGACACGAAGAGAGCCGCCACUGACGCCUUUCUCCCCAACACAGAUGGCAAAUGCUGCUGCAGUCACCUGAUUCAGAAGAUUGAUCAGCUUGAAGAGUUGAUUGUGCUAUUGAUGAAUCAGCUGGGAACUUCAUUACCGAAGUGAAGAACUACAGUUGCAGUAAAAUAACUGUUCGCUUGGAGCUUUAAUGCAAAAUGCAGUUAAAAAAUGAAUGUUUGUGAUAAAGAACUCAUCAACUGCAGUACUAAUGGCGAACAAUUGUUUGAAGCACAUACUGAGAAUCCUUGGGUUCUUGAAGAAUCAAGUGCUAUACAAAGUCAUUUUUACUUUUUUUUUUAUUUUUUGUAUUUUUAUUUAAUUUAUGUUUUUUAGCUGGAUAAGUCUGUGUUUUGUAAAGUCAGACUUCCUUGGUUUAUAAAUGGUGUUAAAUUUAGCAUCACAAUGUUUGGUCAAAACAUUGUUUAGACCAGGUUCAGAAUAUCAUAGGUUUUGUAGUUGUGGAUUUUUGUUUUCUAAGCACUGCAGUAUUCCCAGAAAGCAUUGCACAUUCAUUAAGGUCAAAGCCUACAGCGCCCUGUUGGAAGACCACAUUGUUCCCAAUUAUGCACUUUCUCAUUUACCUUUAAAUGUUUAAAAAUGUUGGUUAAAUAGAAAAGUUGUGUCUUUAAAAUUAUUAAAAUAAUGAGACAUC